UCACUGGUGUAAAAACGUGUAUGGAAUUCUGAUUUUCGGGAUUAAAAAAUGGCCACGUCAUCCUUUGCGUAUCUAGUCUUGCCAUUUUUUUGCGCAGUGCCGAUACCGCAGAUUUAUGCAGACACACACUGCCACGAUUACUCACCGCAAGAGUGGUGCUCUACUAAAGCAAUCGCUGAACUUUGUAAGAGUUGUUGUCUGUCGCAAUGCGAUGAUAUUCCAAUAGAAUAUUGGUGUAGCCAGGAAUCCAUCGCUAUGGAAUGUGGGGUGCACCACCUUUGUCCUGAAUUUACGCGUCAUGCGUGGAGAUACCGCCCAGGUUUCUCUCCAGCAAUAUAUGGAUAUAGAUACGAAUCACCACCUGAGAAAGAACCAGUGACUCAGAAAUCCGUUACCGAAGAUUCAACCUCUAAUCCUGUACAAGAGGACAACAUUGAAGAGUCGUCAAGAGCAGAUCAUGAAUUUGCGCUUGGUGAAGUGACUGUUCAUCAUCCUCCAGGAAACUUCAGACGAAUGACGAAUGACGAAUUUGUGUAUGGUGAGGUGAUCUACCAUCCGCCUCCAGGAAGCGAGUCUAGACAAUCUCCGGAAUCAAAUGAUAACUGAAACUGUUGAGUGUAGGGGAGGGAACACGGAAAAAAUAUAUAAUUAUUUUUUGUGGUAGAAACAGUAAUUUUUAAUGUGAGAACGUCGAAUGCAGGACCCGAUCUACCGCACUCGAAAAUUUACUGUUGAACAUAGUCAAAAUAGGGAGUUGGUAUAAUAGAAAGUAGUAACAUAAAAGUAAAAUUUAAUUUGACGUGAGUACAAAUUCGGCUAAAAUGAAUAAAAUUUUCGAGUUUUUCAAUAUGGUCCUCGAUUUGUAUGCUUACACAGUAAUUUUUAAUUUUAUAUUCUUUCCGGGAAGUUUUAAAGAAUCAAAAGCAAGUUAUAGAUUCGACAAAUUUUUCGGUUCACUUAAGAAUAAUGCUUCUUUUUGAGAACAUAAUGUCAUGGAUGCCUGCUAAUCAUGGCAACGAAUAGAGGAAGGAAUUCUACUCCAAAUAAAAAAAACACCAUCCGUUUUACCUCAAUACUUUUCGAGAUAUUGCAAAAAUCAAGUUUGUCAAUUUAAUCGUUUUCAGUUGUACUUCCAAAACUGUUGGAGGAACAGUCGUCGUCUUUUCUUCAAUUUCAGAAAGAAUUAGCUGCUUUUUCGAUACCAUUUGCCGUACCAUUUUCAAUACUAUCCAUUAUGUUAUCAUAUUCUCGAACAGGUAGUAUUAAUCUUAAAUCAAGAGACGAGGUUUUAAAUCAUGAAUCCUUGUCCUGCAUCGCAGAGAUUUUAUUUCCUUUGAGAAAUUGCAGGAUUAUGUCUUAUUCGGUUCUAACAGGAUUUUCUGGAGAAUUAGGGGAAUUUUUGUAAGAAAAUUUCCAUAAACUUUCAUUAACAAAAAAGGUACAAAAAAUUCGGAUUCUCUAUAUGAUUAUCUUAUCGAGAGCCGUACAAGUUGAAUAGAAAUUCUUAAAAUUCUUAAUAAUUAUAUGAAAGUUCUUCAUUGAUGCAUUGCCUACCAAAAAAUCAUUCAAUAUAACCGAACGAUUCCAAAGCACCAAAUUUCAAACAUCCGGUGAAAAAUCGUCGUUGGAGUUGCAUCAUUCAAAUUGAAGAAACAACAAAUCAAGAAUACGGUUAUUGGACAUGAAUACUAAUAUUCAAUAUGUUAAAAUUGGCAUAUGAUUUAUCUUAAUCAUCGAAAACAAUAUUAAUUGUGAAUGAUGGAUUUAAUAAAUCGUGAAGAAUAAAAUUUCGUGAUUUGAUUUCUCAAGAAAGCAUAAAGAAUUAUAUGAGAAAUGAGUUGAACAAUCAGCAUGAAUUUUUACAGUAUGUCCGUCGUUUCAUUUUUAUGACAUUCUAAAAGCGUUUCGACCUUCCUGAUAAUGCACGUGUUAAUAAAUGUAUACCUGAUACUGCACGUGGUAAUAAAUGUUCGACUAUUAAUAUCUUUUAUUUCACAUUGCGAAAUUCCGUCCUACACUAAAAAAAACGUAACUUUUUUAAAGACUUUUUUGGAACAUAGCUUCCAGGGGCUAUUCACAUUCGAAUUGAGUGACACCAAUAUUAUAAAAUGUAAUCGAUUACAUUCCUGAUUACACUGAUCGGUGAUGACAAACUUAAACUUCGGCAGAUCAAAUCAAAUUACUGACAAUGCUUCCCAAGUCAUGUUCGAUUUACAGAAUUAGGCAAACAUUCAGCGUUCCUAACUAUACAGCGCGCCACGCUUAUUGGAUCCAUCAAUAGGAAGGCAUUGAAGCUUCUGUUCCCAAAAACUAAUCGAGGAAUUUCAUAGAACCGA